AUGGCGGAGUUGAUGACACUAUACUGGCAUCCCCUGUUUGGCUCCGUCAGGGUCAUUUGGCUCAUUAAAGAGGACUUCAGACUUAUCCGCUACAAGCCGAACACAGAUGUGGCGACCAACAUCGCCUACCGCAGGGACGUGCACCCCCACGGUACUAUCCCCGCCCUCGUCGUCCCCGGGGAGGGGACCGUACUGAAGUCAGGGGCCAUCAACAUGUACCUGGCAGACAGAUACAAGAAACUUCUGCCGGACCCAAAAUUCCUCAAGGACUAUUACGACUUCAUCGUGUACGCCAACACCACCCUGGACGAGCUUCUGGAGACAAGCGGAAUACCUGCCUGGACUAUCUCUCCAUCAGACUGGAGAGCGGAAGGUCGCGGACUGACUGCUGCUGACUGUGUCGUGGGCUACGACAUAUACAUCUACGCUGUACUAAGAGACGGGGAACUUCUCCAAAACCAUCCACGGAUCAGGAAAUAUUAUGACCGUCUCAAGUCAAGAUCUGCCUUUCAAGAAACUAUCAGAGAUGACCAAAGCUAUCUCAAUUCUUUCAAGAGAUGA